AUGUCCCUCUGCACGUCCUCCCACAAGGAUUUCUCCCAGUUACCGCCGAUCCAAGAAGUUGGGCACAGCAAAACGGACGUGAAGAGCACCCUCUCGGAUCUCAGCUCCGCCAUCCCGUUCAGCUGCGGCCAGUCUGCUCUGACCGUGGAGCACAGCCCCAUCUACAUCCCGUCCUCGUACAUGGAAAACAGGCACGAGUAUUCCGCAAUGGCCUUCUACAGCCCUGCCAUGAUGAACUAUAACCUUCCUGGCAGCUUCAAUGAUUCGGAAAGCGCUGCUUUGCGGCAGACGACAAGCCCCAGCGUGCUGUGGGCCGCCCCGGGACACAUCUCUCCUUUGACUUUACACUGCCAGCCGUCAGUUUUAUACUCAGAGCAACCAAAGAGUCCGUGGUGUGAAGCGAGACCUGUGGAUCACGUCCUGCCUAUGCACAGAGAGACCCUGAAGAGGAAACCCAACAGCAACGAUUGCACAAGCCCCAUGACGGACAGCCCCGGUUCCAAACGGGAUGCGCACUUCUGUGCCGUGUGCAGCGACUAUGCCUCGGGAUAUCAUUAUGGCGUUUGGUCGUGCGAAGGGUGCAAAGCAUUCUUUAAGCGAAGCAUUCAAGCAAUGUUCCCACUGUCAUCCACAACUGAGGAACCGCAAAAUAACAAGAAGCUGCACCAUCUACUGAAUGCAGUGACUGAUGCUUUAGUGUGGGUCAUUGCAAAAAGUGGAAUCCCGCUGCCUCAACAAACCACUCGCCUGGCCAAUUUGCUGAUGCUGCUAUCGCAUGUCCGGCACGCAAGUAACAAAGGGAUGGAACACCUGCUCAGCAUGAAGUGCAAGAACGUGGUGCCCGUCUACGAUUUGCUCCUGGAAAUGCUCAACGCUCACACCGUCCGAAGCCACCGGAAAACAGCGGUCUCCCCUCUGGAGUAUAACCGGUCGGAACCAACAGAGACAUCGGAAGAAACGCCCCAGUGAUUUCCUAACCAUUUGGAAGAUCCAGGGUCUUGCUGAGCAAAUAGAUGGGGAUUAGAACGGAGGGCCCUUUAUUAUUUUUUAAGAGAGAAGAGACCGGCCUUGAUUUCUUUCCUAAACCUAGUAAUUUAUUUUUCUUGGAUGGUACCGCUGAUCCUUUUCGACCGGUGCAGGUCAGCUGAGAGCUCUUUCGGAACAUCUCACGGU